GCCUUCUCUGAUAAACGAGGAAUGCCCGUAGCUGCAAUACUGUCCCUUUUUACUUCAAUAAAAUCACCCAAUGUCUCGUUUUAAUCUCCUUUAUGCCUUCAUUCUCUAUACCCUUUUACUCCCUUGUUCGCUAUGCGCAGACCUCAGUUAUACAAAAUGCGAAAGCAAUCAAACAUGUGGCGGUAUAAAAAUCCCAUAUCCUUUUGGUUUAAGGGAAAAUGGAUGUGGUCUGCCAUACUUACAAGUCGACUGUGAAGAUAAGGGACAUUUGGUAAUCGAAAUUGGAAACCAGAGGUACACAAUCUUAAACUUUUUACCAGAUAAUCAGACGUCAACAAUUACUGAGGACACGAGUUUCCAAAAUUGUUCAUUUUCAUAUAAUCUCAACGAAGAUGCAAUCCAAGACGGGGGUCUCUUCGAUCAAAUCCAACGACAUAACAUCAGUCUACAAGUUCUUGUGUGUGGUUUGCAAUGUGUAGCUCUACUACCUGGCCUUGAGGUUCCAGGAUGUUAUUUUAAAUCGGUAACUGUUGAAGAGGUAUCAACCCAUUGGAAUAUUGCAGAGGAACAAGACCAGAAAUGUAAGAGUUGUGUUUCAAGCGGUGGUCUGUGUGGGUUUAAUAUUUCCGAUUCAAAUCAGUUCCUUUGCUAUUGCGAGGAUGCACCCCAUCAAACCAUAUGUUCAUCAGUCGAGAGAUCAAAUUAUGGAGCUAUAACAGGCAGAACUAGAAAAGGCAGAGAUAUAACAGGAAUAGCCAUUGGGGCAAGUGCUUUCAUAGUGAUAGUAGCACUAUUUCUUAUUGUUGUUUAUCGAAAGAGGUCAUCCUACUUUAGAUGGAUCCAAAGUUGUGUUGCAAGCGAACCGAUGAAUUCAGGGUCUAUUGGGAAAGUGGAGAAUUUUCUCCAAAGUUAUAUUCAUGAAAUGCCGACCAGAUAUUCAUUCUCUCAGCUAAAGAAGAUCACUAACGACUUUUCAGAUAAACUUGGGGAAGGAGGAUUCGGCAUGGUUUAUAAAGGAAAGCUCCCGAGCGGUUUUUUUGUGGCUGUAAAACUUUUGGAUCAGUCGAGACAGAGUGAGAGCCAGUUCAUGAAUGAGGUUGCAACUCUGGGAACCAUUCAUCACGUUCACUUGGUUCGCCUCAUGGGUUAUUGUUUUGAAGGUUUUAGAAGCGCACUUGUAUAUGAGUACAUGGCCAAUGGAUCCCUAGAGAAGUUUCUAUUUCAAGGAAAAGAACAAGAACAGAAGCUCAGUUGGGAGCAAUUGUAUUCAAUUGCUUUGGGCGCUGCGCGUGGAAUUGCGUAUUUGCACCAAGAUUGUAACAGGCGCAUCAUUCAUUUUGACAUCAAGCCUCACAAUAUUUUACUGGAUGCAGAUUUCACGCCCAAAGUAGCUGAUUUUGGUCUCGCUAAACUGUAUGGGAAGGGAGAUGACCACGUAUCAAUUACGGCAACCAGAGGGACGCCAGGAUAUGUUGCGCCAGAGGUGUGGAAUAUAAAUUUGGGAGGUGUAACAGACAAAUCAGAUGUUUACAGUUUUGGAAUGCUAUUAAUGGAGAUAGCGGGAAGGAGGAAGAACAUUGAGUUGCAGGUGAGUCAUUCGAGUCAACUUUAUUUUCCGGAAUGGGCGUUCAAAUUGAUAGAAAGUGGGGAGUUGGAAAAGAGGUUGAGAGAAAAAGGUAGAUGCGACAUGGAAGUGGAAGAUGAAGAGAAGGUGAGGAGAAUGGCGAAAGUAGGACUUUGGUGUAUUCAAUACAAUUCCAAUGACCGACCAUCAAUGAGCAGGGUGGUAGAAGGAAACGGUGAUGAUGUAAGCAAUCCUCCAUUACCUUUCAACUCCUCCCCACCGCGUGAAGCCCAAUUGUCAUCUUCCACCGAAGAAUCUUCAUCCGUGGUAUAGAGGCCACGAAGACUCCUAAUCUACCUAUCAACAUCAUCCUCCAUUACCUUUCAACUCCUCCCCACCGCGUGAAGCCCAAUUGUCAUCUUCCACCGAAGAAUCUUCAUCCGUGGUAUAGAGGCCACGAAGACUCCUAAUCUACCUAUCAAUCUAGAAAUAUCUUCAUAUAUGGUAUAGAGAAACGAAGAGGAUUUGGACGAUUAUGAGAUGAUGCAAGGAGCAUUUUUAUUAUAUGGAAAUGAAUAUUAUAUAUUUCUGAUGUAAGAAUCCAUCGUCUGAAUCUAGAAGUAAUUAUUAUAUAACUUGGAUGUAAGAAUCU